CUCGAAACAGUUGUUUCCAUCGUUCCACCUUGCUGGAAGAGAGCUCCGACAGCGAAGAGCGCGCCGCGUAAGAGAGUGGCCAGCUGUUUUCGUACCGGCGUUCGUUUCGUCUCGUUUUGCUCGUUCCGUGCACGGCGGCGGUGAGUGUUCGAGAUCGCGUUUAGUUCACAAACCUACUUAACUCUGGGACAGACAUGGGGCGUCCGCGCACCAUUGACGUAACCAACUUGGUGGUGGAGUACCCCGAUAAGAACUACUGCCGCUGCGUGCGUUGCAAUAAGACCCUCUCCGGCUGCCUGCGAAGCAACAUCAAGCGGCACUACCAGCGGCUGCAUCCGGAAGUCGUGCUGCCACGGCCCCAAGGCAAAGGAGCACCCGUGGAAACGAAGGACAGAGGAACCCCGGUAGAAGCGAAAAAGACAGUUACAAAGGUCAGAAGGAAGGGACGAGUACCGCUUGUGGACACGCUUACGCUGGUUCAUUUGCUGCCGGAUGGCAAGCAUUGCCGCUGCCGCAUCUGCGACAAGACACUCAUCUACCUUUCGGGCAAUGUGCGGCGACACUACAAGAACUACCACGCACAGUACACAGCGGACCAGACGGUGGCACAUCCACCAGCGGAGAAUAGGAAGCACUUGAAUCGGAGUCAAAAUAAAUCGAAUCCAGGUCCAGAUCCUGCGAAGGCAAUGGCCAGCAGCAAGGAAUCGGGCUACGAGGCUGAGGACCAGUUCGAGAGCAUCUUCAUUGAAAAGUCGGAGGUGCCGGAUGUCGAGGAUGAGGAUGAGGAUGAGGAGCUGUCAGACGAUCAAGAUAUCGAUGCCGACGAGAUGCGCUACUCACAGGCACUCAACCAGACAACGCCGGAGAUUUCAGCGAUCUUGUCGCUGCGCAGCUCCCCUUCGGCUGCAACCUCUGCAUCCACUUUGGCCAUCGGAGCGCCCACGCCCACAACACUGUCCGGAGACGAUGCCUCCUUUCUGCAAUAUGUGGGCAAGAAGUUUGGGAAUUACUCCACGCGCACCAAGCACACGGUUCAGUUCCAGUUUAAUCGAAUCUUGUACAGGGCCGACAUGGGCUGCUUCGAGGAAGGCGAAGCCAAAAAGGUCAAGGAAUCGGAAAAUGUCUAGCCAUUAAGCGGAACGAACCUGUUUCCAACUACAACUAUAUUAUUAUAUGUAUAUUAUACUUGUAUAUUCAUUUGUCAAUGGCUGUCACUGAAAGAGCGUAAGGAUAUUUGUAUGUGUUAGGUUAAUCCACGUAGCUUUAGGCCGCGAAUCAUUAUAGCUACAUCAUAUAAGCGAGACUCUCGAAGAAAUUGAUUUUGUUACAACAUAA